AUGGACUACUCUGCUGCUGCCAGCGAGGCCGAUGCUCUUCACGGCGCCUCUCCUUGGGGUUCGUCAUCUCCCCGUGCCCCCAGAGGCUUUGCCCAAGCUGCGCCGGAUUCUCCAGAGUCACCGCAGCCAAUUCGAGGGCAUUCCUACAAUCAAUCCCAAGACAGCAUUCCUGAGAGCCCUUACCUACCUCCACCUAAUCAGUCCAGUGUGCCUGCUUCCAGAGAGGCUGGGAUUACGGGAGAGCCUGGCGCUCCCGUACAGAAUCAACAUCCAGAAGAGGUCUCUGCGCAAGCACAGGCAGCUGCAGGACAUGCACAGGAUGUCCAAGCAACCGCGGCUGCGCAACAAUAUACUGGUCAACCGCAACAACGACCGGGUGCUGCAAGAUACCAUAGUGCAAGGCAGAACAGGCCGGUGCCGCAAUAUAAGCUGCAAGCCAAGGUAACUGCGCUGGAGCGAACGGGGCGCAAGGAUCCCGUUAUCAGGUUUGACGUUUAUACGAAUCUUCCCAAGUUCCGGACUACUCAAUUCCGGGACGUCCGUCGAACGCACUCUGAAUUCGUCAAACUCGCCGACCAUCUCAUAUCUUCGAAUCCAGAGGCGCUUGUCCCGGCAGUGCCCCCGGCUCAAACUUCUGCUGGUGUGGGCACCGACGAGGAUGAAGCUCGAGUCAAGGCGGCAAUUCAAAGAUGGUUGAAUGCUGUUUGUGGCAAUGAUGUACUGAUGCGCGAUGAGGAGAUGGUGUUUUUCGUGGAGAGUGAUUUUGGGUACUCUCCCGUGGUGAGAAUGAAGCAACCGGCGACGGGGGUAAGACGGAAAGUCUUGAAACAAUUCGCACCACCGCCUGACGAUACGCCUGAGCUGCACGAGGCAAGGCCUAUCGUCAAGGCAUUCUACUUGAGUUCUUUGGACACAAGCCAAAGACUCGAGAAGGUCGUCAAGGCAAGACGAGCACUCGGCCUUGCAGAAUCCUCUCUUGGAGAAAAACUUGCCCAAAUGAAUGUCCAGGAGACCCACCCUGGUCUAGCAACCGCAUACCGCAAACUCGGGCGCAUCAUUCAAACGUGCGGCGAUUACCACGCCGCGCAAGGAACCGCCGAAGCCACGACGUUAGGGGACGCGCUCGCAUACCACUCCUCCGACGCCUUCAUCGUCAAAGAAACUUUGACAAAUCGACACAUCCUCCUCCGGGAACUGCUCCAGACCGAGGCAUCCCGCCGGAGCAAGGAAAAUGCGGUUCAACGCCUGAAAAGCUCGUCCAGCGUGCGCAGAGACAAAGUCGACGAAGCAAUCUCCGCGCUCGACGAGGCCAUCUCGCAAGAAAACUACCUCCGCUCAAAAACCCAACGCGUGACGGCAAACCUCCUGCUGGAGAAACGACGCUGGUUCAAUCGCACGUCCACGGAAUUCAUGCUCUCCCUUCGCGAAUAUGUCCUGCGUCAAAUCGAAGCCGAGCGCCGCACGCUCGCGACUCUCGAAAGCGUCAGGCCGGAUAUCCGGGCGAUUGACGCCUCGGGUGGUUUGAGUAGAUUGGGAAGGGAGAAUCAUCCCACCGUAAGAAGGAUUAGCAUGGCCAGCAGCCAGGGCGCCAAAGGUGACGCUUGGUCCGGUGUCCCGCGAAGCAGGGACGCUCUUUCCAGAAGCAUGUCUGGAAGUUUUGGGCCCGGAGCGCUGGGUGUUCCGCUCCCAGGAGAAGAGAGUGAGAACAGCGGGACGAACGGUGCAGGGGUGGGGGUGGCGCAGGGGGGAGGACGGCCGAGGAGCGCGACUGGGGCCAGUUUGGAGAGGGUCAAGGAAGACGAAGAUGAGGAUCGCGUCGACGCAAGAAACGCAGCUAGUCGGUUGGCGCAGAGCACGUUCUGA